AGUAAAAUCAAACAUAAACAUUCUUAGCGUCUAAUAAAAUUACAUAAAAACCGCGUUUAAUAUAAACCACUUUUUCCAUAAAAAAAGUUUAAAUUUGGCGCAUUAAAGUCGCGCAUGCACGUUUCCUCUGAAGGAAGUCCACCAUUUUCUUUUCGUUUGCACCGGGCGACAAGCACGUGUGCUCCGUACAAAACCCCCUGCGAAAAAAGCCGAUUUUACAAUAAAAAAACACCGAAACCCGGUGUAAAUUAGCGAGACAGUGUACUGAUCUUUCCAGUUUUACGUACAAACCGUAGAUUCGACCAUGAACACUGACAAACUGAAGAAAUUACAGUCCCAAGUGAGGAUCGGCGGCAAAGGAACCCCAAGGAGGAAGAAGAAGGUUGUCCACUCCACCCAGGCCACAGACGACAAAAAGUUACAAUCCUCCCUGAAGAAAUUGUCGGUGAACACCAUUCCUGGCAUUGAGGAGGUGAACAUGAUUAAAGAUGACGGCACGGUGAUCCACUUCAACAACCCGAAAACGCAGGCGUCGCUCGCCGCCAACACAUUCGCGAUCACCGGUCACGGCGAGAACAAACAAAUCACCGAAAUGCUUCCGGGAAUCUUAAGCCAGUUGGGGCCGGAGGGCAUCUCCCAGUUGAAACGUUUGGCCAGUUCCGUGGCCAGUGCCCAAGGAAUCAGUAAGAUCGUGCCGGAAGACGAGGAAGACGUGCCCGAUCUAGUGGAGAACUUCGACGAGGCGAGCAAAGCCGAAGUCACCAAGAAAGACGAACCCAAAACCACCGAGGAAAAACCAAAGGAGAGCGCUUAAUUGGUUAACUUGACCUUGUUUUUCCCCAUAUUUUUUUUUUUUAGUUCACUCAAGUACACUACUGUAUCACCAGUUUAACAACCGAGAUUCCUUACUGAGCAAGUCGGACUGUAAUUUUAUCGUUCAAUAUUUGUUAUGGAAAUGUAAUGUACUUGGUCGGAAUCUCAGUUAGUUGAUACUGAUUUUGGGGCAGGAAGUUCUUAGAUUCAGGCAAUUUAAGGACUAGCAUAAUACUGUCGUAAAUAAUAUUGGAUGUUUUAAAGGUGAACUACCAACUACGGUUUUUUUUUGUUAAAAGUACUUUUAGGAGGAAAUGUCUUUGUUAGGGACUUUUCUGAGUAAAUAUAUAAAUAUAUUUAAUAAUG